AUGGCUAAAAAAUUUAAAGAGAUGUUCGAAUUGUUUGGAGAACCGGUUGCCAUUGGUAACGAGACUUUUCCUGUUAUUGUUACAGGAGCUUCAUCCAAUCAUUACCACGAAUCCCUUGCUAUGAUCCAUACUUUCAAGAAGAAAAUUUUACCACGAUAUAAAGGGAUAAGGUUGAUAUUUUAUGAUCUCGGUUUAACGAGAUAUCAAAUAAAGGAGUUACAAAACUUUUGCAGUUGUGAAAUUAAGACUCUCCAAUUCAACAAAUAUCCAUCGUUUGUUAGAGAAUUGAGAAAUUUUUCUUGGAAAACUUUGAUUAUAUACACAGUCUUAAAAGAACACAACUUUGUAAUGUGGGCCGAUACAUCGGUUCAAUUUACAGGUACGAAAGAAGCUUUUGACGUGUAUUUCCAACAAGCAAAACAAGUUGGCAUUCUGGUGAGAAAGAACGACCAAAGUCAAACAGCUCGAACUUUUUACCGCACGAAAGCAGAAACAUUUAAAUAUCUAAAUGAAAUUUCAUGUAUGUUCGAUUUCAAAAUAUUACGUGCUGGAUUCGUAACAAUUUGGAAAACAUCAUUCACGUGGAAAUAUAUUAUUCAACCUUGGUUAGCAUGUGCCUUGACAGAACACUGUAUGUCUCACUAUGAUCCAGGAUUAGUCAUGUAUUGUAAUCCUCAGAAGGCAGUCUUAUAUCACUGCCACAGGUUUGAUCAGGCAGUGUUAAGUAUAAUCCUGCAGAGACUUUUCAAUGUCAAUUGUGAUAUAGUGACCUUAAAUCGUCUACCGGAAGUACAUCAAAUUGACAGAUCUCAACGUUAUUUUAUUAAAGGGUACAGAACAUCUAAGUGAGCUAACUCUUUAAAAAUUAACUGAACGCUUUAAUAAACAAAUAUGAGUAAAAAGAAAUCAAGCUUCUCAAUUCUCAAUGAUCGAAAUAAGUAUUUUUUAACUGUUUUAUAUCCAAUGAAAUUAUUCCAGUGAAUUGUGUGGUUCAAAUUUCUUGAAUUUUUUAUAUUUUUGUCAACAGUUCUAAGUAAAUAUUUUGUCAAAAUUUUAUGAAAA